CUUGGAGGUCAUAAACCAUUGCCCAAGCGCCCCCCUGUCCCCGUCUCCAGACCUCCUUCUCAGCCUUUUCUGAAGAGUGUCCAACACCUUCACAACCCCCCUCCAAAUAAAAUGAGACUGGCAAAAAUGUGCCGACUGAACGCGCUGGGGAUCUAUUUGUGGGAAACGGUUUUAUUUUUCAGUUUAGCAGCAUCAAAAGAAGCUGCGGCGAGGAAAGCUGCCUCCCCGAUGCCACCGUCAGAGUUUCUGGACAAACUUAUGGGGAAAGUCUCGGGGUACGAUGCCAGAAUUCGACCGAAUUUUAAAGACCCCAAAGGCUCGAAAAAUGAAGCUACUCACAAGAAAGGUCCCCCUGUCAACGUAACCUGCAACAUUUUUAUCAACAGUUUUGGCUCCAUUGCUGAAACAACAAUGGACUACAGAGUGAACAUUUUCCUGAGGCAGCAGUGGAACGACCCCAGGUUGGCUUACAGCGAGUAUCCCGACGACUCGCUGGAUCUCGACCCCUCCAUGUUGGACUCCAUCUGGAAACCUGACUUGUUCUUUGCCAAUGAGAAGGGGGCCAACUUUCACGAGGUCACCACAGACAACAAGCUCCUACGCAUCUCUAAAAAUGGCAACGUGCUCUACAGCAUACGAAUAACUUUGGUCCUGGCCUGUCCGAUGGAUCUGAAGAACUUCCCCAUGGACGUCCAGACCUGCAUCAUGCAGCUGGAGAGCUUCGGGUACACUAUGAAUGACCUGAUCUUCGAGUGGGACGAGAAGGGAGCCGUGCAGGUGGCCGACGGUCUGACGUUACCUCAGUUUAUACUUAAAGAGGAGAAAGAUCUGCGCUACUGCACCAAACACUACAACACAGGUAAAUUCACCUGCAUUGAGGCUCGUUUCCACCUGGAGCGUCAGAUGGGUUAUUACCUGAUCCAGAUGUACAUCCCAUCGCUGCUCAUCGUCAUCCUGUCCUGGGUCUCCUUCUGGAUCAACAUGGACGCAGCGCCUGCCCGCGUUGGUCUGGGAAUCACCACAGUGCUGACCAUGACCACGCAGAGCUCAGGCUCCAGAGCCUCGCUGCCCAAGGUGUCCUAUGUGAAGGCCAUUGAUAUCUGGAUGGCAGUCUGUCUGCUGUUUGUCUUUUCGGCCCUGUUGGAAUACGCCGCCGUGAACUUUAUCGCCCGCCAGCACAAGGAGCUGCUGCGCUUCAGACGGAGACGACGACACAUGAAGCCUGAGUCUUGGCCUGUGUUGCAGGAGGAGGACCCGGGUGACGGGCGCUUCAGCUUCCCCGGGUACGGCAUGGGUCCUGCCUGCCUGCAGGCCAAGGAUGGCAUGGCCAUCAAGGGCAACAACAACAACGCCCCGACCUCGGCACCGCCCGAGAAGAGCAUUGAGGAGAUGAAGAAGCUGUUCAUCAGCCGGGCCAAGCGCAUUGACACAGUGUCCCGCGUGGCCUUCCCGCUCGUCUUCCUCAUUUUUAACAUUUUCUACUGGAUCAUUUACAAGAUCAUCCGCAGCGAGGACAUCCAUAAGCAGUAGCCGAAUGGAGGAAAUGAGCGACAGCGACGUGAAGCAAAGAAAAGCAGCAAAACAAAUUAAAAAUAUGAGACAAAGAUGACUCCAAAGCAGAUAUUAUUGUCCCUCUUUUCCAGCCAUACCUCUUGUCCUCUUCUUUCAUCCUCUUUCUCUUUGGUCAAAGAUUUGCUGCUUUUUGUGGCCCCUCCUUUGAGCCCCAUUUGACCAAACCGUUUGAAGCUUUUUAUUGCUUUUUCCUACCUUUCUUGCCCUACUCCUGAAUCCCAUUCCCUUUUUCCUGUCUCUUUAAAACCCCUUAACAGUCCGGAACAGUGCAAUAGCAAUGCAGUAAAAUGCAUGAUAUAUGAAUGUGGCAAUAUACUGAAGAAGAAGCGUGAAAAAAAAUAAACCUAAACUUUCCAAGACACACCCAGGGAACCGUUUGGGAGUGAACGGACUGGAAGAAAAGGAGACAAAAAGAUCUUGUAUUUAAUUUGAGCUUUUUUGUGACGACAGAGAUAUAAUUCUUUAUGGAAAUAUGACGUAGGGAUGCGGUGGGAAAGGUGCAAGAGGCAUACAGCAGUGUAAUAUACUUAUUUAUCAUAACUGGAAGAUAUAUGGACCCUGUCUCCAAGGAUGGACAUCUGGAACAAAGGAUGUUUAACCCUCCAAAAAGAAAAGAAAGAUGGCGGUUCAGUGCUUCCACUAAAUUAAUUGAUGCAAGGAUCAUGCAUUCUAUAUAUCUAGUUUUGCUUCAAACAUGUAUUGCAAGCACUUGUCAAAGCUUUCCCUCCCUCCUGCUGCCAACGCCACAAAAACUGCAGAGACACUUGAAGUUUGUCGCUGCUGCUGGACUAAGAAAAUAAAAUGAAUAUAAGACACUAAAAAAAUAAUGGACACCCAGAGCUGAUUAAUACCUGUGAUCAACAUCUAUCAGUUCUUAAUUACUUUCACUCUGCAUCUUUGUGGGUUUUUUUGUUUUGUUGUUGUUUUCUGUUCUGUCGUUCUUUUUUAAAUAUAAAUACUAAUUAAUAUAUGUGCCAACUAAACUUGUCACUUGUGGCUGUGCGACACUCGUCAUCUCUGACCUUUUCACCUGGAGGGAGGGCGAGCAGUUUGAUGUCUUUUGUUUUGAUCACUGAGAUUUCAGUUCAACGCCAUUAGCCGAAGAAAGACCAGCUCGAUCCUUGACCGGAGUAAAAAAACGCAGAUUCUGAUUCGUUUUCCUUUGCUGUAUUGAUUGGGACUGAAACAUUCACAUGUUUACAUCUUUGUGCUUCCUUGCUUCAACCCUGCCUCAAUGUGACGCCAACAUUCCCCACCUAUCCUGAUCCUGAGCAAGAGGACAAACGUCUUAAAUCAUACAUAAAACAUCAAACUUUAUGUGCAUCUCACAUGGACCAACUGUAGCUGUGAACUUCAUGGAACUGCAUCGUCUCACACACACAGAGUGCAACACCUGAAUUUAUUUCACCACACUGGAUGGGAUUUGAUCAGUCUGGCUGGUUGAUGUGAUCGAUUGAUAAUUUUGCUUUGCACCAGGCUUCUCUAUGCAAUGAUUAGUAUAUGCAAUUUUCAUUUUUACUUCUUCACUGCUCUUCCAUCUCAAGUGGUUACACUUUAACGAUUAGAGGUGAGAAUGCCAAGGUAUUGACCUCUAUAAGGCACUUUUGGCCCUAAAGCAUGCAGAUGCCUGCAUGAAAAACUGGUCUGUAACAAGAAAUAGACCAAGCCAAAUCUAACUUGAUAUUAAGAAUUUCCCCAUGUUUAAUGCACAAAAGAUUAUUAUGUUUGGUACGUUAUCUGCAUAUUCUACGCAGAAUAUUCCUAAGUGCAUUUAUUCUUUUAAAAAUGCUUCAAGUCUGGGAAAUUACCAGUAUUUUAGCAAAGAAAAAUCUAAAAUUUACCUUAGAGAUGUAGUUACUAUUGCAACGUUAUUUAAGAAAGAGAUUUAUUUAUUCUGAUGACAUAAAAUGUCUUUUAGCACUUAGAAAAACAAUCAAAAAAAUGGCUGAAAGUUGUAUGAAUUGAAGAAAAUCACUGUCAUCAUUAGCCAGGAACAGUACUGUAUCUCUGGCUUUGUUGCCAGGUUUUAUUCAUGGAAAGUAAGACCAAUCACUCAUUUCUAUCAUGCUCUAAGAAUGAUUAUAUUUUUAGAACCAGUUUCAGAUACUUAUUUUCUGCAUAGAACUGAAAAAAACAUGGUGCCCUGGGAAUAUUAGAACCUUUUGUAAUGUUCCUGUUAUGUGCCAUAUAGAUUUGAAGAAUAUAAGGUUCAAGUCAUAGCCAGUCACAUUAUAUUUAUAGCUUAUGCAGUUUUUACUUGUGGAACACAUUUUCUGAAUAUCCUAAAAUAGACCUGACGGUACAGGUUGUCUGUCACAUCCAAAAUCUGUUUUAUCCCAUCAUGAAUAUAUCCCAGGCUUUGUGAAUGAAGGUAUGCGAGACUGAUCUGAAGGGCUAUGCCACUCAUUGACUCCAUUCUGAUUCUAGAUAUUGAAAUAAAAAGUGCCAUAAAAACACACAUCACCCAAAAAGCUAUGCAUUUCAUCCAAAAUACAUUUUUCUAAAACUUGUUCACCAGGACCGCUAUGCGUCUUGGUUAAAGUUUGUGUUGGUUGUCCACGUUUCAUUGAUAACUGAAGGCCAGGUUGCAGAGGCAACGCAUUAGGCAGAGACACCCAGACCCGCCUCUUCCUAGCUACCUCCUGCAGCUCACCUGGGGGACGCUCGGAGUCGAGAAAGUCCUUGGCCAACCCAAACCCUAAUUCCAGCUGACACCAAACUGUCUUGAUUAGUUUUAAAGUGAUAAUUUGCAGGUUGGCUCCUCAAAGCCAAGAACACUUAUGCUUCGGAUAUGACCUAUGACAUAGGCAUAUAGAAAAAAAAAAGUUAUUUGUCAGGUGGCACAUUUUCUACUGCUUAUUGUGAUAAACAGUCAUUGCUGGAGAUUGUAAGAAAAUAUGGUAUAGAGUCUGGCUCUCUUGAACUGACCUUUAAAACAGAUUGAGGGUUAUGAAACCUCAGUGCCAUUUCUGAACAAAUAAUCAAAAAAAUUCAUACCAAACGUCAACAACCAGAAUUUGUCACUAAUAGACUGAAAUGCUUAAUGAGUGAGGGGAAAUAGUAAAUGUCAAAUAAAUCCUGGAAGGUUCAUUUUCAUUUUAUAAAGUCCCAAAACACAUGUAUUUUUUAUGCUUCUUUGGAUAUUUUUCAACAUGUAGCCUAUUUGCAAAUAGUUUUGCAGCUGAAAGUUUAAAAAUGUAUUGUGGGAUUUUCAGAGAAUCAUUAAAUCAUUUGAUCUGUUUAAUCAAAGUGGCAGUUUAGCUUUAACAUAUUUUAAAAAUAUUAAUUUAUUAUUCAAAAGACAGACAGUUCAAUCUUGGGCUAAUCUGGAACUAUGGAAUUGAAUUCUUUAUGCCUGCGUGAAUUAAUGUCUCUGCCUUUCUGAAUAAAACUGAAACUAGAAUAAGAAACCUCAGAAACGGGCUCCGACUCAUUCGAUACUGAUUUGUUCUUCUGUGCCAUAAACACUCCAACUUGAAGCGCUUGUGUUCAUGAGCCAGCAUCUGUUUUCCUGGAGCACACACACGUAUCUUCUUGUGCCAUAUCGGGGUUGAAUAUGCAACCAAAAAACAAUGGGAAUACAAAGAAAAUGAAACCUGGACCUAAAAGCAUAUCAUGAAUUUUUCAACCACUUCACAUGAUUCAUGAGCCUCAUCGCUCCUCUGUGUAUCAUAACUUCUUCAUCACCAGCCUCAUAUUAUUGUGUUAGUCAUUGAUUAUAAUGUAAUGGUUGGUUGGAGUUGCAAAUGGUAUAAUAUGUAAAAAAAAAUAAAAUGUUGGGUUUAUAUUGCAUCAUAUUGAAAAAGUAUAAGAAAGAUAAGUUUAUUAAGAAGGAUAAGUUUAUCAAACUUUAAUUUCUAGGUCGAAUUUUAAAGAAGCACGGUUUAAUAUUUUGAUGAUUAUUGAUUUUGAGGAGUUUUCUUUUGCUUGUAUUUUAGUGUAUGUAUUAUACAAUCUGACGCCCAGAGGGAAAAGGAAAAAUGCAGUGAAACCUGAAUUGCUGUGAAUUAAUGGAAUUACUAUUAUUCAUUUAUUGAUCUUCUUUGCAAAAGUUGGAAUGGCCUUAAUUUUGCUUUACCUGCUUCUAUUGUGUCUGGCACAAAGUGCAGCUCCUUUUAAUUUGCUAAAUUUCUGAUGCUAAUUAUGGCGCUUAUAUAAGCUGAGAGUGCACAUCAAAGCAAGGUGAAAAAGUUCUGCGAAUUCUGUUUAUUUUUCAUUAAUCUGAGAAACUAUAUUUUGCAUGAAUAUAAAUAAAAAUGGCAGAUAUUUUGGCUUGUACAAAAAAUGUGAAGCAAUUUGAAGAUGAAAAAAAGAAUGUACUGUUUCUGCUGUAUCUGUAUAUAUCUGAAUAUUUAUUAAAAAGAAAUAUGUCAUACUACUAAUUCUAUUAACGAUUAAAGGUUUUCUGGACAAAAAUCUCUUUACCUGUUUUUGAACAUUGUCAAGAUUGUUGGAGUUGGAUCUUCUGCUUUCUGUUACUCGACUCAAGGAUCUGUGUAAUCAUUAAAGAAAAAAGUAUUAAAAAUCGCAA